CAGGCAGUCAUUAAAUAGCUACGAUACUAUCGAUACGUGUGUUUGACUCAAUCCUCCCGCUAUACCGUUUACAACAGUGGCGACGACAGUGCGAAUUAGUAAAACGCGUGUUUAAAUAAUGGCCAAAUUAGCAGUUGGUUCAUUAACAGUUUUUAACCACGAAGUUCAAGAGUGGUCACUUUAUAAAGAUAGACUGGAACAAUGGUUCCUAGCAAACGAUAUCGGGGAGGACGACAAAAAGAAUAAGCGGCGGGCAAUUCUUUUAAGCAACUUAGCGGAAUCGACCUAUAGACUCGUGCGUGAUUUAGCUUUACCCUCCGUAGUUGGCGAAUUACCGUACAAUACAGUGAUUGAACUUUUGGACAGCCAUUUCAAGCCCAAGAAAUGUGGAUUUGCAGAGAGAUUUAGGUUCCACAGUGCUACACAACGUCCAGGCGAGAAACUAACAGAGUGGGCCGCUCGCGUGCGUAGUUUGGCAGCAUACUGCGGGUUUACUGCGACCACUUUGGAUGAAGCUUUACGGGAUCGGUUCGUUUUAGGAAUGGCACCAGGGCCUGAGAGAGAUAAGUUAUUCACGAGGAAGAUGGACGAGCUGACGCUGAGCGCAGCGUUAGAUAUAGCCGAGAACAUUCGUUGUGCCCGUACUGGCUCGCAGCAAACUUCUUCGCAGGCUUCACAAGCAGAUGCUUCGGGCCAGGAGCCCUUGCAGGUGUUUAAGGUACAAGCGACACCGGCACCUAAGCGCGGGGCGGCAGCGGAGGCGCGGCAGCAAGCGUCCGGCGCGCGCCCAUCAGCGGCAUCAGGAGCGGCUAGCUGCGCGGCCUGUGGUUACACGAAUCAUCAAAUUGAAACGUGUAAAUUUACGCGUUAUAAAUGUAAGCAGUGCGGUAAAAAAGGGCACCUGAAAAGGAUGUGCCCCUCAAAAAACGUCGGUGGACAACAUUUUAUCGAGUGUUGCGCGGACGGCGAGGAUUGCGACAUUUAUGAUGAUGACGUGUUUGCAGCGUGAAUACUACUCUGGUAACCGUCAUGUAGAAUUCGAAUUAGAAGAGUCAGUGUUAGUGCAAAGUGUAGUAAAUAAAAAGACAUUCUGGGUACGUGGUGUUAUUGUGAAGAAGAUAGGCCGGACAUUAUUUUUAGUAAGAAUUUCGAACUCUGGUAAAUUAGAAAAAAAACAUGCCAAUCAACUCCUCAAAUAUAGGGGGAGGGAGUGUACAGCGGAUGAUCUGGAGAAGCAGCCGACUAAUUCAAGCAUUAGAGAGCCGGAGGAGGACGCAACACCCGUCAUCAUUUUUGACGAGCAAGUACCACCCAAGCACGCAGGUCAGCGCUGUCGCACGCUCAGUGCAGUCGAGCCAGAAUCUGCAGCAGCGGUACCUGGCCAGAGCAAGCCUGCGCCAGCACCGCCAUCACCGGCCGAACCUAACGACGGCACUGAUGCGUUCUUGUGGUCGGACUGCCACGAGAGCCUUGCCACGGGCGCACCACCCGUUGCAACGAGCGCAUCACCCGGUGCAACGGGCGGUUCCGUCGCCGACCAGGCAGUUGUCGAUAUCCCGGCAGAGAGGGAACCUUACCGGGAAGGAUAUUUGAAGCGGAACAAAAACAUUGUAGACUUUAAGAAGUAUUUUUAGGUUAAGGUGGAGGGAAUGUAGUAAACGUAGAUAUAACGCGCGGCUGCGCCCGCGCCAGGCAGUCAUUAAAUAGCUACGAUACUAUCGAUACGUGUGUUUGACUCAAUCCUCCCGCUAUACCGUUUACAACAAUGAUAUAACGCUCUGUACGAUGCAGUGGGUGUAGUUUACUCGCCUGCCGUCUAAGAUGCCGAAAAACUUCAAUGAAUGCAAAAGUUCAUAGAAAGCCUAAGUUUCUUAUUUGUGCACUUGCACCAUUAAUAUGUCACCGAGUAUCACUCUAGAUAUAGUGUUACUUGAUAGGUAGUAUAAUGUUCUGUACGAUACAGUGGGUGUGGUUUACUCGCCUACCGUCUAAGAUGCAAAAAUACUUCAAUGAAUGCAAAUGUUCAUAGAAAGCCCAAGUCUUACCAAUAACUAUUCUUACCAAUAACAGCGAUAUGAUCCCGAAACCUCAUAUCA